AUGAACCAGUCGCAUCAAGUGAUUGGUUUUCUCUUCUUGCUUGAACAAAACCAUUACGCUCGUAACUUAAUCUCUUCUCUUGUCUCGUUACCAGACGCAUUCAUCAAUGCGGUGGCUAACGAAAUCGUUGUUUGUUUAAGUUUCUUAUACAACAAUGAUUACUUCUCAUCAAUGUUCUUCGGUGCGAACAACAACAACUACAACUUUGAUCAAUCGGUUAUACCUUUGAUCAUACGUAUUACUGGAGGCAGGCUUAGUCUCAGUGUUCUCAACCAAAACCGUGAAAGGUUACUCCUUGGAUUGAGAAAUAUUUUGACCAAUGUCUGCCACCGAGCUUUCGAAGAUCUAUGCGCGAGAGCGGAGAGGUAUAACAAGGAGAAGAUCUUGGCUUUGGAAAGAGAGAAAACCAUUGAGAAUUUGAAGAAAAUCAGGUUAAGUGCUCCUCAAGGAACCUCAAGUAGGUUAAGUGUCCAAAAAGAAACCACUCACAAGCCGAGUGUUCAGCAAGUAUGGGUUCCUACUCGAUAUCCGAUUUCGGAAGAGGAAAUUAGGGUUUAUUUCACGAAGAAAUUUGGGGAAGUGAUAGAAGAGACAGUGAUGCAAGAAGUGGAAGAGAAUGAGCAGCCACUGUAUGCGAGGAUGGUGUUGAAAAUGCGUUAUGUGUCGAAGAUGGAAGAGAUUGUGUGUGGAAGAAACAGAAACAAGUACACCAUUAAUGGUAAACAUGUUUGGGCUCGCAAAUAUGUUCGCAAAAACCUUACUUCUUCUGCUUCUCCCUCCUCCUCACAGAUCUAA